AUGGACUUAUGUUUAGAUUUGGCAGAUUCAUUUGCGAGAGUCGCUCUUUCAUUAGAAAAAUGGUCAUCGCAAGUUGCAGGCCGAGAACUUCAACAAAUUAUAGCUCGAAGUAUCGAUUUGUUCGAUAAAAUUAAAAAGCUUGAAAGUCGAGUUGCCACAGAUGAGGAGCUGAAACAAAGUGAUACGUUACGAUAUUAUAUGAGAGAUACCAGCGCUGCAAAGGAUUUGAUUUAUCGUCGAAUGCGAUGCUUAGCGAACUAUGAGGCUGCCAAUAAAAAUCUUGAACGUGCUCGAGGCCGAAACCGAGAAAUUGCUAAGGCGGAAGCUGAACAGAAUGAAACUUGUAAAAAAUUUGAAGAAAUAAGCGAAGUUGCUAAAGUUGAAUUGCAAGAUUUAAAAAGGCGACGUUUGGCUGGUUUCAAGAAAAAUUUAGUUGAUUUAACUGAAUUACAAAUUAAACACGCAAAGGCUCAGAUUGCUUUACUUCAUCAAGCGGCUACGGCUUUUGAAAAGGAACUGAAAAGAAAUGUUUAA